GAACUGUGCUUAUUCCCGCCAAUCAUCCAUGAUUAGAAGUUUUACCAACUAUUAUGAUACAUUGUGAGGGAGAGAAAAUUUCUAGACCAAGUUUCCAUUAUUGCAUUGCUGAGAAGACAACGUGAUCCUCGCACGUGACUUUCAUGAUGAGCCGAUUCUCUUUGAAAGGCCGGACUGCUCUGGUAACAGGAGGUGCACGUGGAUGUGGGCUCGCAUUCGCCCAAGGCCUUGCAGAGGCUGGUGCUGAUGUAGCCAUUUUCGACGUUAUUGAUCCUGUUGAAGCCUACUACGAGAUUGAGAAGACGUAUGGCGUGAAAACAAAGUACUACAGAGUCGAUGUCAGCAGCAAAGAAAGCCUGGAAGAAGGAUUUGCAUCUUUCAAGGCAGAUUUCGGGGCCAAGCUUGACAUAUGUGUUCCUUGUGCAGGUAUCAAUCGCAACCUGGGCUUCUUGGAGACUUCGUUUGAGGAACAUCAGAAGUUGAUCGGCGUGAACGUUAUGGGUGUCUAUCAUACGGCUCAACUUGCUGCAAAACAGAUGAUUGAGAACGGCACCAAGUGUGGCAGCAUCAUCCUUGUGGCCAGCAUUGCCAGUUACAUGGCCAUCAGAAGUCAACUGUCCACAGCUUACUGUGGCACAAAAGGCGCCGUGAGAGCCAUGUGCCCAGCAAUCGCCGCUGAGAUGCAUCAAUAUGGUAUUCGAGUCAACUCGAUUUCUCCAGGUUAUGUCCGAACAGAAAUGACUGCUCCAUUUCCCCAUUUGCUGGAGAGUUGGAAGGACGAGAUCAUGAACCAUAGAGUCGCAGAACCCGAUGAUAUUAGGGGUGCGUGUGUGUUUCUCGCAAGCGAUGCAAGUUCAUAUAUGACCGGGCAAGAUGUUUGCGUCGACGGAGGUGUGACCAAAUGGUAAUUGCACAGGGAAGGCACAUAUAAUCCUUGAUUUUGUAUAGAUUUUCAAGAUUAGAAUGAAGAUAUGACGACCUUUCUAUGGUCUUUAUAACAA